AUGAGGAUCAGCCAUUCAAGAACUCUGUCAAAGUUGAAAAAUUUUUCAGUGGCAUCAAGGAGAGCAAUGAAUUCGGCCAUUGUCAAAUACUCCACCCAAAAAACCAAGUUUCCUGUGGAGACAAACAACGGAGAGCACUAUUGGGCGGAAAAGUCGAAUAAGUUUUACCAGGAUAAAAGGCCAAACUUUCAAGGCACAACUUUUGCUAAGCAGCAAGACUUACCAUCAUUGCCUGUGCCUGAGUUGAAUUCCACCCUUGAUAAAUACUUGCAAACCAUCCGUCCAUUUUGCAAUGACACGGAGAGUUUCGAAAGACAGCGGCUGUUAUGUAAGGACUUUUCAGAGCACAUGGGACCUAUCUUACAAGACCGGUUGAAGGAGUAUGCUAGCAAUAAAAGAAACUGGAUGUCGAAAUUCUGGGAUGACCAAUCCUAUUUACAAUAUAACGAUCCUAUUGUUCCUUAUGUGUCUUAUUUCUAUUCUCAUAAGCCACUGCCAAGCCAUUUAUCAAAUAUUAACAACGAUCCUUUAAUUAAGGCUACUGCAAUAAUCUCAAUCGUAAUAAAAUUUAUCGAAGCUGUUAAAGAUGAAUCUUUACCCGCAGAAAUUAUCAAAGGCACGCCAUUCUGUAUGAAUAGUUUCUCAUUGAUGUUUAACACUUCGAGAUUACCUGGUAAGCCAGAAGAUAACCAAGACACGAACAUUUUUUAUUCCAUUUAUGAAAACAACUUUAUGACCAUUGCUUAUAAAGGAAGAUUUUAUAAACUAAUGACCCACAAUGGUGAAAACAAACCACUAUCCGAAAAUGAAAUCUGGAAGCAGCUGUACUCUGUAGUAUUCCAAGGAUCGCAGCCCGAGUCUGAACUGAGCGGUAUUGGCUCUCUUACCUCUCUACCUCGCGAUCAAUGGCGUGAGGUCCAUAUGGAGCUGACGAAAGAUCCUAUAUCUCAAGAUUCACUAGAAACAAUACAUAAAUCUUCCUUUAUGCUAUGUCUGGAUCUUGAUCAAUCUCCUGUUACUUUAGAAGAGAAGUCAAAGAAUUGUUGGCACGGUGAUGGUAUUAAUAGAUUCUACGAUAAAUCGUUACAGUUCCUAGUAACUGGUAAUGGUUCAUCAGGUUUCCUAGCUGAGCAUUCAAAAAUGGAUGGGACGCCCACACUAUUUCUGAAUAACUACGUUUGUCAGCAAUUAAACAAAUUAAACUCUGAUGACUUUGUGAGAAAAGUAUUUACCGCAUCAUCUAAAGCAACCUUAAAACCGAUGGAACUACCUUUCAUUAUCACACCAAAAAUCAACAAAGCAAUUGAAUCUGCCCAAUCGCAAUUUAAGAAAACAAUGGACGAGCAUGAUCUACGUGUCUGGCACUACAACAAAUUUGGCAAAACAUUCAUAAAGAACCACGGCAUGUCACCUGAUGCAUUUAUUCAACAGGUCAUCCAAUUGGCCGUUUUCAAAUAUCUAAAACGUCCACUACCAACUUACGAAGCUGCUUCUACAAGAAAGUACUUCAAAGGUCGCACCGAAACUGGUAGAUCUGUGUCCACUGCUUCCUUAGAAUUUGUCUCUAAGUGGCAAAAUGGGGGAGUUUCUAUUGCUGAAAAGAUACAAGCUUUGAAAUAUUCUGCUAAAGAGCAUUCCACAUAUUUAAAGAACGCUGCAAAUGGUUAUGGUAUUGACCGUCAUUUUUUCGGUCUAAAAAAUAUGAUGAGAGCUGAUGAUGACCGAGUGCCACCGCUUUUCAAAGAUCCUCUAUUUAAUUACUCUUCAACUUGGUUGAUCUCCACGUCCCAGUUAUCCUCCGAAUACUUUGACGGUUAUGGGUGGUCUCAAGUCAACGACAACGGAUUUGGGUUAGCAUACAUGUUGAACAACGACUGGUUGCAUAUUAAUAUUGUGAACAAACCAGCCAAGAGUGGAGUAAGUGUUAAUAAAUUACACUAUUAUUUAUCUCAAGCUGCAGAUGAAAUUUUUGACGCUUUGGAAAGUGAGAAUAAAAUAAAGGCAAAGUUAUGA